AUGUUACACGCAGGCAUAUCCGCGAUACCAGUGCCCGGUGCAUCAAUAUCCUCAGCCUCACCAGCAACCCUAACCCACACGCCCGAGACAACAACAACAACAGAAACCACCCCAACAACCCAGACCCCCCAACGCUUCUACCGCCUCAAAAACCAAGAACCGACCACUACUCCCCCCACCGCGAAUCCCCCCACCACCCCCGCGCACCUAAUCGAAACCACGCGCCGCACCGCGCUCUACACGCUCACCCUGUGCCGCAACGUCAUCACGAUCCUGGAGUUAACGCGGCUCCGCAAAUCCCGGAUCGGCUUGCUGCACUGGCUCGAGUUCUGGAACCGGUACUACGGACGGCGGUUCGGGCGGGCGCUGGCCGCGCACGUCACGCAGGCGCUGGGCCGCGUGGACGCGCUGUUCCGGGGCGUGGCGGCGGACCUGCACCAGCUGACGCAGCGGGUGCAGCACGCGGUGGCGACGGCGCUGCACACGGAGCACGAGAUUCUGGGGCUACUCGAGCGCAUGGAGGACGAGGUCGGGGUGCGGCGCCGGCGGCGCCGGAAGAAGGCCCAGGCCAUUCUGGGCGGCAUGCGCGCGCGGCUCGAGGCCAUCCCCGUCAAGGUGAGCGAUGAGUUGCUGGAUGAUCUCAAGCGCGGCGUGUUUGCGUUGGAUGUCUAUUGUGAUUAUUAUCCUGGCGAUGAAGGGACCGGGGUGGUAGGGUCUUCGGCUGGGGUUGGAGGGGAGGAUGGGCGUCGUGGUGGUGGUGGUGGUGGUGCGUGGACGGAGACGCGGUAUAUCACGCGCAGGCCGGUGAGUAUGGCGCCCAACUACACUCCUUAA